CCACCAUAGAGCGUCAACGAACCAAAGACUAAUUCAUUGCGCAACGAACCUUAAAACGCUCCUCCUCCAUGAGGACGGAAAUCAAGCUCUUUCCUUCUCUUCUCUAGUUGCAGAGAAGCAAAGCAAAAUAACAGAAAAACGCUUCAAAAAAUACCAAUCCCGCUCUCAAAAUUCGAAGAUUCCAACCCCUCUUUUCUCUCCUUCCCUUUUAGGGCUUCCAAAGCAAAACCCUAAUCUCUCUCUUUCUCUCUCUCACAACACUUCAGAACACCAAAGCUCUCUCUCUCUCUCUCUCUCUCUCUCUCUCUCCCAUUCCGAAACGCCAUUAAAGCUCCAGAUACAUCUGUGUUUUGUCGCUUAUGGAAGGAGCGUCGUACAAUCCUCGAACGGUCGAGGAGGUUUUCAAGGACUUCAAAGGCCGGAGGGCCGGCAUGAUCAAAGCUCUCACCUCUGACGUCGAGAGUUUUUAUCAGCAAUGCGACCCCGAUAAAGAGAACUUGUGUUUGUAUGGGCUUCCAAAUGAAACUUGGGAAGUUAACCUGCCUGCUGAGGAGGUACCUCCUGAGCUUCCUGAGCCAGCACUCGGAAUAAAUUUUGCUCGGGAUGGGAUGCAAGAGAAGGACUGGCUAUCACUAGUUGCAGUUCACAGCGAUGCCUGGUCACUUGCUGUAGCAUUCUACUUUGGUGCACGCUUUGGAUUCGACAAACAUGACAGGAAGAGGCUCUUCCAAAUGAUGAAUGAACUUCCCACCAUAUUUGAGAUUGUGACUGGGACUGCCAAAAAGCAACCAAGGGAGAAACCAUCAGCCACCCCCAACAGCAGCAGCAAGAGCAAGUCAAGCUCGAAGACGCAACCGAAACCAUCAGACUCUCAAACAAAGCCAUUGAAAAUGCAGCCCCCAAAGGAAGAUGAGGACAGCAGGGACGAAGAGGAGGAAGAGCAAGGGUUGACACUGUGCGGAGCAUGCGGCGAGAACUAUGCAAACGACGAGUUCUGGAUCUGCUGCGACAUAUGUGAGAGAUGGUUCCAUGGCAAGUGCGUUAAAAUAACUCCUGCCAGGGCUGAGCAUAUCAAGCAGUACAAGUGCCCCGCUUGCAGUAACAAGAGGGCAAGAGUCUAGAAAGGCAAUCGGGCAGUUGGAAAGAUAGGUUCAGGAGUUUGGGAAACCCAUAUAGAUAGGUUUUGAAAGUUUGGGCACCAUCUCAGAAGCAGGGAGUAAGUUGUGAAUGAUACGCAGGCGCAAGUCGGGAUUUUGGUAUUUAGACUUUUUUUUUUCUCUCUGUGUCCUCAGUCGUAUAUAUUCUUGGAAAUCAUGGUGUCUUUGAAGUCUUAACAACAGCUAGGUAGAACGUGGCUACGUGUUUACCUUGACUAUCUAUUCCAUAUAUUUAUAUAAAGCAAUCAUGUUGCUCUGUGAAACAUUUCUUA